AUGCUGGAGGGUUUAGAUCGCAGACGUCUGGUGAUCUGCGGGGAUUCUAAUCUAGUGAUCCGACAAGUACGGGGUGAGAUCGACUGUAAGGCACCCGGGCUGACGCUACUGAAGCGGAAAGCCCUCGAUCGCCUGAGGAAAUGGAAUGAUCAUGAGUUGGUUCACGACAAGAGGGACUGGAACGGAAGCGCCGACAGUCUGGUAAGCGCCGCCUUGCAACGACAAAGGGGGAUCGAGGUCCAGGAGAUGCCCGGGUACCAGGAUCUGGUUACCCUGAACCGGUUAGACGAAAUCUUGAUCCCUAAGACCGAGAAUCCAGUGUUACGAGUUGCCGCGGUGACCACUCGAGCUGGUCGAGCAAGAUCACCGGCGGGUGUCAUGCAAGAGGAUCUGAUCCGGGAGAUCCGGCUCGAUCGGAUCAAGCAGGCCCAAGAGGAAGAAGUCUGGAUCGCCGGCAUGAAGAAAUAUCUGAGUGGCUCGAUCUCAAAUCUCACACAAGCGGAAGCAAGAUCGUAUGGCAAGAUCGCGGCUGACUACGAG